AUGACUUUGGAAAAUUAUGAAAGGGCGAAGGAGUACUUCGAAGCAGCGGAAGCUAAGCUCCAAGAAGAUUUGGAGGGAGAUCUGUGCGAUUCGAAACUUUCUUCCUAUGUCAUCACUAUGAGAUACAACCUCGCUAGAUGUUUGGAACACUUGUGCUUGUUCGAAGACGCUGAAGUUUUAUACAAAGGCAUUUUGAGAGAACAAGAAAAUUACACGGAUUGUUAUCUUCGUCUCGGAUGUCUUGCACGCGAUCGAGGGCAGAUUUAUGAAUCAUCGGUGUGGUUCAAAGAAGCGAUGUCCGUUGGGAAGGAAGGAUCGGUUAUCAAUGUUUACUCUUUAUCCUGUCGAUUAAGCUCAAUGGCUGGUCACCUUCCAGCUUGCGUCAUUGACAAUGGGACGGGCUACACAAAAUUAGGCUAUGCUGGAAACUGCGAACCUCAGUUUAUAAUCCCUUCGGCCAUCGCUGUAAAGGACAAAAUAGCCAGUUCGAAUGCAGCCGCUCUUCGUUGGAAUACAUCUACUGGAUAA